CGGGCUGGCCGCAGACGAUGCCCGUCUCGACAUCCACGAGUCAUCGCUUCCGCCACCCAUCUGCGCCGCCGCGGGUUGGCCACCUCACCCGCCUCGUCUGCUUCACUACCAAGACCAGGGAAGGAAGAGAGGCCGCGAGACCAACCUUGGCAAAGGGCGGGCUUUGGCGGUUUGGCUUCGGCUCUCCUCUCCUGCAGCUUCAGUGCAGGGGCUCUCUUCUCCAUUCUUGAGGUCGCUAACCGCGCCUCGUCUGUUGGCCGGUGAGCUUGGGAUUUGGUUGGCCGGGGAGACAGACUGGGAAACAGGAAGGAAUUUCAGUAUGCAACAAAUGGCCCUGUCUUCGUUCGCCAUCACAUCUCCAUCGUCACACAACAAUACCUUAUCGGCGCUGCGUGCUCUUCAUUCCCAAAGAUGGCACACGCGACGCAUUCGCAGCCAAGUUCGGGCACAGGCACAAGCGCAGUUGCAGUAUCGGAAGCUGGGAGAUUCGGACCUCCUUAUUAGCGAGGUCACACUUGGGACAAUGACUUUUGGAGAACAAAAUACAGAGAAGGAAGCACAUGAUAUGCUCUCUUAUUCUUUUGAUCAAGGCAUCAAUAUCCUUGACACAGCAGAAAUUUACCCAGUUCCAGUCAACAAGGAGACUCAAGGGAGGACUGAUCUAUAUAUCGGCAGGUGGAUGCAAUCUAUGCCACGAGACAAGGUAAUUUUGGCCACCAAAGUUGCUGGUUAUUCAGAGCGAUCCACUUUUCUUCGAGACAAUGCAAAAGUGGUGCGUGUUGAUGCUGCCAAUAUCAAAGAAAGUGUUGAAAAGAGCCUUAAACGCUUGUCUACAGACUACAUUGAUUUGCUUCAGAUACACUGGCCAGAUAGGUAUGUGGCACUAUUUGGUGAAUUUAGUUACAAUCCAACCAAAUGGAGGCCAAGCAUCCCAUUUGAGGAUCAACUGAAGGCUUUCCAGGAGCUAAUUGACGAAGGAAAGGUUCGCUAUAUCGGUGUUUCCAAUGAGACCUCAUAUGGAGUAAUGGAGUUCGUACAGGCUGCAAAGGUUCAAGGGCUUCCAAAGAUUGUGAGCAUUCAGAACAGUUAUAGUCUACUUGUGAGAUGCCGCUUCGAAGUUGAUCUUGUUGAAGUUUGCCACUCAAACAACUGCAAUGUUGGACUGCUUGCCUACUCCCCAUUGGCUGGUGGUGUUCUCACUGGGAAGUAUCUUUAUGCUAACUCUGACAAAGCAAAGAGGAGCAGGCUAAAUCUCUUCCCUGGAUACAUGGAGCGCUACAACGCCUCAUUGGCUAAAGAAGCGACGAACGAAUAUGUAAAGCUUGCCAAGAAGCAUGGGCUAACUCCGGUCCAGCUUGCCCUGGGCUUUGUGCGUGACCGUCCAUUCACAGCUAGCUCCAUCAUUGGAGCAACUACCAUGGAUCAGUUAAAGGAGAACAUUGAUGCAUUUACCAGUGCUCCACGACCUCUGCCACAAGAAGUUCUUGACAGCAUUGAGGAUCUUUUCAAGAGAUACAAAGACCCAGCAAUCCUCUAGAUGUUUAUUCAUCAAUUUGAUGCAAAGAACCAGCACUCAUUAAAACAUACAAAGACCACACAGAUAGAUUAUCAUUUAUGAUCAUUCAAUUUCAUUCAUGCUGAUACAAGUAUUUAUUUGUCUCCAUUGAAUUUACAGUUAGAUACUUAAUACCAUCACCAUGACUUUUUUGCAAUGUGUAUACAGAAUUUAAGUUUUCGUACUUAAUGCAAGUGCAAAGAGAGUCCAAGAGGAAGACAUUAUCUUA